CGGUUGCAUGCCUUGCCUGUGUCGGCCGUCCGCGAUGGCUGGCCGCGGCGAGGCUAGAGGGGCUCUGACUGCUGCCGACGGCGCCGUGCUCAUCGCGGCCGCGGUCCAGGCGGCGGUGAAGUCUGGACCGCCUCGGCGGACGGCGGGAGCGGUGACGCGUUCGGCGAUCUCGGCGGUCGCUUUCGCCAUCGCCAGACCUGGAACGGCACUGUGGACGUUGAAGCCCAGGCUGAAUGAGACCAAGCUCGUGGCGGUCGUGAUCGGCGGCGAAGGCGGCGCGGCGGCGGCGACGGCGACAGCGCCUCGCGGGAACGCGACGCACGGCGCGCGGCGGAGCAGCGGGAGCAGCGGGACGGGGUGCGAGCCCCGCUCCUGAGGCGGACGCUGACGACGACGGCGCCGAGGACAUGUUGGUGGACGACUCCUGGGCCGACGGCCUGGCAAGGCCCGCCCAACGCCUGGCGGCGGCUGCAGCUGCCCCCGCGGAGCCUGCUGCUGUGGCGGCGGGCGGAGUGGGUGCGGCGGCGAACGUCGGCGCGGAGCACCGCGCGGGCGUGGCUUCUGGAGGGGCCGCCGGUUGCGCCGCCACUGGAGCCGGCCCGCGUGACGCGGGGUCGAGGCCAGCGCCGGAGUCCACUCGUCGGGGGGCGGUGGCUGCGGAGCGAGAGGAGCUGCUGGCGAAGCUCCUCCGCCUUAUCCCCCACGCCCAUGCGAGCUUGCACGGCGGGAUCUCGACCUCGACGCUCCGAACGAUGGUCGAGCGAGGAACCGCCCAGCGGGAGUCGGAGACGGCUGCUGGCUCUGGAGCGGCGGCGGCUGGCCCUCGCCCCCAGCCAGCAUCGGUGAGCGCCGCUCGGGCGCGAACCCGCGGGCUGGCGGCGGGUGAGGCCGCAGGAGGUGGACCCCAAGCCGAGGGCCAGCGCGAGGUGUGGAGUUCACCGCUUCCUCGGGGGCCGGGGGUCCUGCCUGCGGGCCGUGCGAGCACUGUUUGGGUUCGCUGUGCAUGUUCAAUUCAACAAAGGUUCGCCCGC